AUGAAACUCUCACACUGUACCGUCCAUGGUGGGGAUCAAAGCCCAGUGGUGCUGGAGAUUGUGUCUUUUCUGCGCAUACAGCUUGAAACCACUGGAUACAUUUUAAUAACAGAUAGGAAAAACUGGAGGGAUGCUCAAAGUCACUGCAGACAGUAUCACACUGAUCUGGCCUCCAUCCACAGCCUUGAGGAGCAGAACCAGAUAAGGAUUGUCUCUGAAGAGACACGAUGGGUCUGGAUCGGUCUAUCAACUGAAUCUUGGCAGUGGUCUGAUCAAUGGAGUCUCUCCUUUACAAACUGGGCAGCAGGACAACCAUCUGCAUCUGGUGACUGUGUUGCGAUGUCAACAACUGACUCCGGAAAAUGGAUUCAGAACAGCUGUGAUCUUCAGUGUCCAUUUGUUUGCUACGAAGAGGCCAAGUUUGUUAAAAAACAAACUGUCAGAUUCUAUUUCACCCAUGAUGGAGAACACAGUCUGACUGAUUCUUCUCUACAGACCACCAUCUUGAAUAAGAUAAGUGAAAAGCUGAAGUCGAUUGGGAUUGGAGACUAUAAGAGCAUAAGCUGGAAAAAGGAUGAAGGUGGAGAGGUGUUUCAUCUGAGCAAACGCCGUGAAUUUAAAUAG